AUGGACGGCCCAAACUCUAGCUCAGCUGCCAUUUUGAUGAAGCAGUACCGGGAGCUCACCAACCCGAAAAAGGCCAUACCGUCGUUUCACAUCUCUCUGGUUGACGACGACAUCUACCACUGGAACAUCGGUGUUAUGAUUCUCAGUGAGGACUCGCCGUACCACGGCGGCUACUUCAAGGCGCAAAUGGAUUUCCCCUACGACUAUCCGUACGCGCCACCCAAGUUCCGAUUCACGCCUUCCAUCUUCCAUCCUAAUGUCUACCGCGACGGACACAUUUGCAUUUCCAUUCUCCACCGAUCGGGCGACCCCGCGAGCGGCGAACCCGACGGCGAAACAUGGAGCCCGGCCCAGAGUGUGGAGAGCGUGCUCAUCUCUAUUGUAUCUUUACUGUCUGAUCCUAAUAUCAACUCUCCGGCGAACGUCGACGCUGCCGUCGCCUGGCGCAAAGACCGCGAGCACUACGACCGCCAGGUCGCCCGCGACGUAGAGGCCAGCCGUAAGAACAUCCCGCCCGAGUUUGAAAUGCCCAAAGAACAGUAUGCAUAUGUCGCACCUCAGCCUGACUCAAAGGAAGAGGUCGUCGACGAAGAUUUUUGGUACGAAAGCGAGGCCAGCGACGAAGAUAACUACGACUCUGAAGACGACUUCACGAGCUGA